UGCUUCCACGGUGCACACACGGUAGUCAUCGGGUUGGAGGGAUUUUCGCCAAAACCGUUCGGUUGAGCUGCACGGUCAGGAUAAGAGGCAUCUGCCACUAUUUUUGGUUUGGCGAGCGCGCGCGUUUGUUGUGGGGUAGAGACAGAGAGGUCGUAAUAAUUUCCUACGCAGCAUUAGGCAUUACGGUUGCAAAGUGCGCGCGUGAGGAAUUUUGAACUUGCCGCGUAGUGACCGGGAGGACGGGGUGGCCGCGGUGCGCGUUCUUAAAAUAAAUUAAAACCGCGAUAGCAAACUAAACCCGUGCGAAGGAGACAAAUGCAGAUAGCACCCAGUUGCUGCGGUUCAACGACUGUCUUGUUUUUGCUCAUCAAGUGAUGAAGUCAAAGGCGACUUCGCUGUGAAUUGGCGCGCUGAGAUAUUGACGGACGGGCGUCGGAGCUGUUCAUCUGCUCAGUGGAUCGCGUUUUGCGUGUGCUUUCAGAAUUUGGAAGAGACCAGCGGAAUAACAAUAACAGUUUUCCUCUUGGGUGGAUAUAACAACAACCAUAAAGGAGACACAAUUGAAUGACGAAAAUUGGAUUAUGUUACUGAAAGAGGAUCUUCGGAACGGGUGCGGGUGAGAUAUAAAAUCUCAUUUGGGAAAAUCGUGUGUGUGGCCACGUCUUGGUCGGCGAUGUUUGGUGAAUAUUGAAGUGAAAAGGAAUGUACAUGCGAGUGGUAUAAACCGGCAUAGAUUGGCUGGCAGUAUUGUGAUCCUAUUGAUAUAGAGCAUAUUUGAGGCUAUUGCGGAAUUAGAUCCUGAUGCUGUAGGAAGUGUGGGCUUGUAAUUAAAGUGAUAUUGGCAGCAUCUGUAUGCGGAACAACGUAUGGUGGAGCUGUUGUCAACAGUUGGCGCUAAGUUCGGUGCUGGUUCUGGAAGAAGCGUUCGCAGUUUCCGUGGAUUUCCGUUCGCUAACCGUUCCGCGGUGCAGUUCGAGUGUUUGUUUUAGCGGAAAUUUCGUCGGAAGGUGGCUUCAUUAAUUCAUUUUCAUAAAGAGUCGCUUGCCGUAAUGAUAGAGUCAUAUUAUUUUUUUACGACCAGCUGCCUGCCGACGCGACUCCACAGUUCCAAGGAAGCUUCCCGGUGCACGAGGCAACGUGGUGAUUCUCUGUAUUCAAUCCAAUUGUAAUCAAGUGGGUGGUAAAGUGAUUUUCACGUGAUAUUUCAAAGUGAAUUAAUUAAUCAUUAUGAAGUGAAAUAGCGCGACGGUAAUCGUAACGAAAGAUAUAAAUCAAUACGUGCAACGUGAAUACGGUUCCGGGAAAGGAAAUGAAAAGUUGAGAUGUGUAAAUGUUUCCAAAAAAAAUGUGAAAAAUGAUUCAAUUGGUUUUAUUGCAAUCCAAUUGAUGAUUGAAUGACAGCCACGAGUCAACUGUAAAUAUGUUUCCGGUCAAAAAAUGCAACCUGCACUGAGAAGUGAUUGAGAGUAAAUACACACAAUAUUAAUUAAGGUUGGGCUUUUCUGCAUCAGUAAAUCGUGUGAGGUGAACCGCCGUCGGAUCAGAUAUUGCCGGAAUGGAAUUAAUACAAAUCAAAUCCGUUCAGCAACGAUUGUUUUAUUGGAUUAUCGUUUUAUUGCUGAUUUCGUCUUCGCUACUGAUGCUGCGUGCUGAUCCGGAUGCACAGAUAUUCAGAGUGGAUCCACUAGCGCUGCUGUCGGGCACUCUUCGAACAUAUCAACGAGCGGGAUGUGAUAGCGAAUUGGUCACAUUAGGAUGCCCACGAGGCACGAGCAUAUCGAUCGAGGUGGCACAGUACGGACGAAGUGGAGAUGCAAAUGAGCAAAAUUUGUGUCCGGCCAGCACCGAGGAUAGCCUGGAAAUCAAUCUUCCCGGCACCGAGAUAGAGAUAAAAGCACCGGAGAGCUGUACAUGGCCGAACGCGCUGCAGUACUCUCUUCUGCAGACAGUCGUGGAAGCAUGCCAAAAGAAGCGGCACUGUAAAUUUCUAGCCUCGCCGAAAACGUUCGGUGGCGACCCUUGUCCGGGUCACAGAAAGUUCUUGGAAGUAGCUUAUAAGUGCAGACCAUAUGAAUUUCGCAGCAAAAUAGCAUGCGAGAACGAUGUUAUUCAAUUAAUUUGCAAUCCAUACUCAAGGAUAGCGAUCUACAGUGCCAGCUUCGGCAGGACUGAGUACGAGAGCCUGCAGUGUGCCCAGCCGCAGGGCGUGAAGGAAGAAACAUGUCUUGCGUCUUACGCCACCGAGACUGUCAUGCAAAAAUGCCACGGUCGGAGAAAAUGCACGUUGUCAGCAGAUAGCACAACUUUCGGUAAGCCGUGUCGGGCAGACUCGAGGAUGUAUUUAAAAGUUGUUUACACAUGUGUGCCUCGAAAGGUGCUCAAGGAUCGCUUCGAAGCAGCACCGGAGGCGGACGAGCCACUGCAGAGUGACUUGGAGCAGGACCACGACACACUGUACGACGAGGACCAGUUUUUCCGUGAAUCGGAUGCAAUUCCACCCGGACCGGCACCUAAGCUGCAAGGAGGCCCAUCCAGUAAUCGGGCAGCAUCAGACAUUCCCAGCUAUAUAGCUGCCAGCAGUACUCCGCCAGUGCCACCGCGCUCGAUCCAGGACAUAAUAGACGACAACGAAUUUUCAUUCGAAGACCACCAUGAAAAAUUCUACGUCUACCUGAUUGUGGCGGUAGUGGUUGCGAUUGUCCUUUGCCUCUCGAUAGUGAUUGGACGUGUGGUGCUGCGGAAGCGGCGCACUGGAAAGGAAACCGAUAAAUUCCAGACAUCAAACACAGGUGAAACGACACUCCCAAAUGGCUUCACCGACGAUAUAUCGGAAAUAGAUGCGGAUAUCGAUUUACAAACUCCGCUGCCGGUGCCGAGCGUUUCCCGGAGUGAUAGCUACGGUGCAUAUACGCCCUCGCCAGGACCGUAUGGCAAUCUGGGACCUUCGAAUAUAUCACACACCUCGACCACGAUGCUGGUGCCGCCGUGUUCGAUGAGCACGAUGAUGAAUACUACCCCACCUGCUGGGUACCUGAGUGGACCAAUUAACAUCAUACCAUCGCAGCUGGGCCAAAGUAUAGGUGGUAUUCGCACACCGAUUGCAGCAAUGAGCACACUGCCGCGGCCCCACCAGCAGCCACCACCAGUGUUUCUGGGUGGGCCCGGUUCCAUACUGGGCCACUCUCAAACACUCAGGCGACCGUCCAGUGAUCUCGAUGGAAACACCCCACGCAGCCUCAGCAGAGGAGCCGCAAACAAUCAGUUCUACUACGGAUGACAUUCGGUUUCCGGCCAGCCCUCUGCCCAGUUCAAGGGAUCGCCCCAGUCCGCCCCACUGCAGCCCCAGUCCAUACUGAAGCAUAAAGAACCGACCAUCAGCGAAGCGGAAGAUACCAUGGUAAUGUGUCCACCUAAUCGAACGUACUGUUUCUAGAACUGUAGCAUAAUUCUGUUGCGAAAACAGACCGCUUUGCUGAACUCUCAAAGUGACAAGGAUCUGGUUUAUUUAUAACUGGGAUCUGAUCCGGGCAGCCAAUAUGGAAAUGGGUGCCACAAAAUAGUUGAAAUCUCUGACAAAUAAAUCAUCCAAACGAUGCGACAGGGACUUGAUUGCAGUUAUAUGGAGUAUUCCUUAAAGUGAAAGAGUAUAAGAAGGCAGCAGCAGAUACACAUAAACCGUUGAAAGUGAAACUAACCUGUUGUGCAAUUCCAAGAGUGUUGUUUGAGUAACGAUUUGGGUAACAAAGUGCAAUAAACUGUCCAAAGGAAUUUAAAUUCACUCGUCUCAGUCAGUUGAAAUAUAUUCAUGUGAUGCGCACAUGUGCACUAAUAUUGGGAACGUGCGUUUUAUUGACGUUUUUCUACUAUCAUAGUUUAAAGUUGGUAAUCAGGGUAUCGUUCGUGAAAAAUAUUCCCCUUUGUUCGUGUGAGACCAACCAGAUGAAGUAAUUGUAGUUUAACGAAAAGAAAGCAAUUCUUACUCGAAUUGAUUGUAUUAUACAUUCACAGCAAAAAAAAGAGCAGAUCCUAGUUGUGUAAGAAAAGAUCGGCUAAAGAAAUGUACAGCAAAAAAAAAAGCAACACGAGGACAUUUUGCACAAACAAUUAAUCCAAUCGAAAAACGUAAACGUAGGAACUUAGAUAUCUAGGGCGACUAGCAAUAAUGAUUGCGAUCGAUUUUGAAAGAUGACGUAUUCUAGGAAAUGUGUACAUAUGAAGCGAUUUAUUUAUUUUCUGUUUAUUCGUAAAAGAAUGUCAUUUAUAUCGUUAAAGUGGUAUGAAUAUUGUGAAUAUUUUAAUAAAAAUGAUUUAUUAGAAAAAA